AUGUAUACUACCCACGCGAAUCAAGUACAUACAUUACAUGCAAAAGAAGACACUCCGCCACAACUGCAAAGCAUAUCGGUUGAUUGGAUUGGGUCCAAUUUAUACUGGACAUCCGGGAAAGAUGAAACUGCAUCUAUUAAAGUGUCAACACUGGAAGGAGAGCACGUGACUACAUUGAUUUCACAAGAUAUACGCGAACCAAAGGCGAUUGCCGUCCAUGCAACUUCAAUGUAUUUAUUCUGGAGUGACAAAGGAGACAGUCCCCGCAUAGAGCGAUCAGACCUUCGCGGAAGAUAUCGCAAAGUACUCGUAACUGAAAAUAUAGAAGAUCCAGUACAGUUUGCGAUUGAUUUUAACAGAGACAGACUUUAUUGGGGGGAUGAUGGAACCAAGCAAAUCGUUUCAGUUGAUUUUGAUGGCUACGACAGAACAUUGUUUCGAAUGUUUGUACACGACAGCGACGUACGCUUUACUGGACUGACCAUAUUUCAGGAUUUUAUGUUUGUCGCAAGGUAUUCGGAAGUAAGCAUUACUAUCUAUGAGAUUGAAAGUAGACAACGUGUUAGAGUAAUACUACCACCAACGAAACCGACAACACUCAAAUUCUUCCACUCGAGCUUACAACCUCUGGAUAUUGGACCGUGUGAUACAUAUAUUUUUUGUGAUGAGAUCUGCGUCAACACAAGGUACGGUGCUGAGUGUCUGUGCUCGGAAGAUAGCCGUGGAUGUCAAACAGUAUAUAGGUGCCCUCUAACGUUUGCGAAUGGUAGCGUCACAGAUGGAUGUGACAACAGGGACGGUAAUAGUUGCCAGUAUAGUUGCGAAAAGGGUUAUUUUCCAACAACCAACCAACCGAUCGUGUGCCAAGAAAAUGGAGAAUGGGAAAUACCAGCCAGUUCACUUUGUACUCCAGAUGGCAAAUGUCCGCGUGACUUUGCGCAUGGCAGUGUGACCGAAUCUUGUAACAAUAUGAUAUACAACACCUGUAUGUACACAUGUGAAGAUGGCUUCCUGCCCGCAACUACAAGUGCAAUCACGUGUCAAGAAAGUGGGGUAUGGGACGGUGAUAAUGAUAACAUUUGCGUUUCAAGUACUAAUGGCAAUGAUAUACCUGUCGGCCCCGUGUUACUUGUAGCAGAUCAUCUCACCACUGACAUGCCCAGACUAACCGAUGCCGACUCACGGGUGAUAUAUUAUAAUUAUUCCGGGCAAGCUCUCUAUGAUCAUGCACGGAGCAACGGUCCUGAUGUACCAUAUGCAACACUUCAUCGGGAAGUUCUGUACGAAUCCGAGAAGAUGGUGCUGAGCUUUGACUAUCAAGAGUCUAUUUUGUUCUGGAGUGAUCCGGGACAUAAGGUUAUCUACAAGGCGCAAUUGAAAGACGACGAACGAUCACUCGUCUACACCGGCACGUCAUCCACCGUGGAAGGUAUAACAGUAGAUUGGUUGACUAAACAUAUCUACUGGACAGACGCUCAAUAUAACUGGAUCAAAAUAGCCAACUAUGACGGAACAAAUCAUCGAACUAUUAUCACUACUGGUCUGGAUCAACCAGCUGGUAUUGUUUGUGAUCCCAUCAAAGGGUAUCUUUACUGGUGCGACUGGGGCGAUGACAACAAAAUUGAGCAAUCCACGUUAUCUGGGGAAGGUAGAAUCGUAUUGGUCGCAGAGGCGGACGUCGGAAGUGACAUGUUGGGAACUCCGGUCGGAUUGACACUCGAUAUGCGUAGCAAUGUGUUGUAUUGGUCGGACGAGAAGAACAAGAAAAUCAUGCGACUCACACUGAACGCGGGCACGUUGACUCCACAGGUGGUUGUUAACGAGCCAGAUACUUUUGGCCAGAUAUUUAGCCUGGAUAUCGACUAUAAUUUCGGUUUUUUUGCAAGUGACCGAGAACACGACUUGGUCCACCUAGUGCCAUUCGAUACGAGUAAGGAUGUCCUUCAAGUCAGUACCAGCUACGACCCCAAUGGACUUGUUUACUUUGAUGAGGCGAGGCAACCAAUAGAAGACUUUGCGUGUAGCAGUUCCCCUUGCUCCCAUAUAUGUGUUGGUGAUCCAAAUGGAUACAAAUGUCUGUGUAACCAUGGUUACAAGUUGAAAAGUGACAGACGUAGGUGCGAGGAAGAUGAGUCUAUUAUACUCGACCAUGAGCUGGUGUUCUCCGCAGAGGGCGGUUACUUGUGCCAGAUCCCCGCCAAUAUAGGGCAUGAACACUUACCAGAGACAUUCACGGUAUCAUGUUUUACCGACUUCACUGUGAACACCUUGGACUUCGACGUGUAUGCAGAAUAUAUAUUUGUACAUUCGGAAGAGCAUGGAGGUAUUCAACGAGCGCGGCUGAGAUAUGAUAAUAAUCACUGGCAGGAUAUCAUACUGGGAGGACAGGUAUCCGAUCUAUCAGUUGACUGGAUUGGAUCAAAUUUAUACUGGACGUUGAUCACCGACACACAAUCUUCUAUUAACGUAGCCACACUGCUUGGAGACCACGUGGCUACCUUGGUGUCACAAGAUACACCAGAGGCAAAGGCAAUAGCAGUCCAUGCAACAAAAAUGUAUCUAUUUUGGAGUAACAGCGGUGAAUAUCCCCUGAUUGAGCGAUCCGAUCUACACGGAAGGCAUCGAAUAGUGAUCGCUUCUGAGGGGAUAGUUAAUCCAACACAGCUUGCUAUUGACUUUAACAAGGACAGAAUAUACUGGGCAGAUGAUGGAGAAAAGAAAAUUAUAUCAGUUGACUUUGAUGGAAAUAAUAGAGAAAAUUUUAUUUUUUAUACGUCUGAGGAUAAAACAGAAUUCUCAGGACUGACAAUAUUUCAGGACUUCCUAUUUGUUGCGAGGUACGACGCCAAGAAAAUUAGCAUAUAUGAAAUUGGAAGUCAUGAUCACAUCCGAUCAAUUUAUGUUGAAUCGAAGAUAACAGCACUUACAUUCUUUCACAAAAGCAUACAACCCUUGUCCAACGCGCCAUGCGAUUUGUAUGGUACAUGUGGAGGUAUUUGUAUAAACACAAUUCAUGGUACUGAAUGUCUAUGUUCCGAAGAUAUCCCUGAAUGUCUAACAGUUUAUAGGUGUCCCCUAACGUUUAAUGGUGGUAGUGUACUAGGUGCAUGUGACAACAGAGACGGUAAUAGUUGCAUAUACAGCUGUGACGCGGGUUAUUUUGCAACAACCAAACAAUCUGUUAUGUGCCAAGAAAAUGGUGAAUGGAAUAUACCUACCGAAUCACUUUGUAAUCGAGACGGUACGUGUCCCACCGUAUUUGCACAUGGUAGUGUGAAGCAGCCUUGUAGUAAUACACAGGGUUCUAAGUGUGCUAUUACAUGUGAUGAAGGAUAUGUGUCCCAAACUACAGAUGAGGUUGUCUGUGAGAAAAACGCGGUUUGGGGUACAGACAAUGACAAACUUUGCAUUUCAGAUAUCGAUCCAUGUGUGUUACUUCCGUGUCAACAUGAUGGUGCUUGCAGAAACGAUGGUAACACAUACGUAUGUACGUGUGCUACAGGUUGGGAGGGACCCGACUGCGAAAUAGCUUCAGAUGACGGCAACUCCGAUAAGCAUACUUCCAACCAUGCGAAAGGCCCGAAUAUCCUUGCUAUCGUGCUGCCCACAGUAGGUGUGGUCGUUAUUGUAUGUGUUAUUCUACUUACGGCAUUUAUCUGCAGGAGACGCUUCAGGAAAAAUCCAGACAUGAAUCCACAAAUCGUCUUUAGUAAUGCAGACAUACCGACAGACGUAGAAGGUGCAGUGACAGGUAUCCCAAAUCCAUUGUUUCCAAAUAACCCAGCCUUGAACAAUGCAAACGCAGCUAUCGGUAUAGACAAUCCAUUAUACGACAAUGUGAACUUAACACCUGCAAAUGUUGAUCCAUUUGACUCUGGAGUAGCUUCUGGCGAAACCGUGGACCCCACGAAUGUCAAGAUCCCGCCUGAAGACGAUGCCCUAGCAGCGCGUUUCGUUGACAUGCCGACUGGGGGCGUUACAAACAGAAACUACGAAGAGUUACAACCACAACCAAAAAUAGAUAACGUAGAGAAACAGCUAAAUGUAUUGCAAUUGAAGGAUGAGGCAGAUGCUUGAAGGAUUCGUUCGUCGUAUAACUGUGGCUUUAUGUUGGAGUUGAACUGUGUGAUAAUUAUAAGACUGGAAAGUCUGAAACCAGUCGCAAACACUUGCAGUCUUCAUCUGAUAUUCUUUAUUGCUGAAAUAAAACAGCGUGUCAUUGUCACCGGAAUAUCGCUAAUUCUACUUCACGUGUACCAGAUCCUGUCCCUCGAAAUAUUCUAGUCAACCCUUCCCCAGAAAUGAACUAUCGCCCUUUUAGACUAACUGUUUCUUCUGUUGUGCUUUCAUUUUUUUCAUCUUGCAUUCUUCGAUUAUUCUUAUCAAGUCACAUGUUUUCCAUCGUUGUCUUCACUCUAGCUGUUUUUGUUUUUUUUUAUUUCUGCUAUUUAUGUUAAUUUGAUCAAUUGUAUAAUUGUAUCGCAUUUGUAGUUAUUUCACACUCGAGCUUGUACCUGUAAUUUGAUUCAUGGGAUAUAUAUCGACUGGAAUCUGUUGUGAUUGUUUUUUAAUUUUUUCAUAAUAUACCACAACGAAUCAUUAUCCAACCCACAAUUACCAAGAUGAUAUAUUACGCAGAUUACACUAAGUUGGUUUAUACAUAUUUGUACGGAGUGAUUUUUUAUGCUAUAGAUUGACAGUUUUUUAAAGUAUUAUCCAUGGAACAUAAGUUGGUUGAGAACAAGGCAGUUUAUAAACUACCUGCGCAAUUGUAUAGCAUGCAUUUCCAAGAAACAUGCACUGAACAUAUAGUUUCCUCAAAUAUCUUAUGUCAUUGAACACAAAAAUAAUUUCAAAUAAACAAUGUGUUGAAACCAUACCGUAACCUUAACACUAACAAGGACACAUGUAGAAUAUUGAACAUGCUCCAAAGUGGUACAUAUUUUUAAUAUCAUUCUUACUAUUCAAGUAAACAGUAUUAUUCAGAAAAAAAAUACUCCGAUGAAUCAUAUUUAGGUAUUCAUACAAAUCCAUAUCAAGAAAUAUUUUAUUUUGUUUAUUAUUUUAUUUUCUAUUUUUUUCUAUUUCAUCGAUUGCUACUUAACUUUCUUAGUACAAAUGUACUAUUCAGUUUGUCUCAUUCCUUGCAAUAGUAAUUCGAGUAUAUUGAACUUCAGCCGCUUACAAUCGUACAUUCCACAUUACACAUUCCACCAACUCGCCAUCAUUGGAUUGGUGGAUUUUAAGUACGGAAAUCAUUUACAUAUGUUGGUUGAAUCAUACCUUUUAUGGCACGAAACUUUACGUUAAUUACAUUGACUAUUUUGUAAUCAAAGAAAUUAACAUGUA